AUGGCUCAGUUGACAAAGAAAACGGUUGAACUAUUUUACGAUGUUGUAUCGCCUUAUUCUUGGUUAGCAUUUGAGGUCCUGUGUAGAUACCGAUCAAAUUGGAAUUUAGAUUUACAAUUGAAACCUUUUUUUCUAAGCGGUGUUAUGGAGGCUUCUGGUAACAGACCCCCUGGCCUAGUGCCCAAUAAGUUUAAAUAUAUGUAUAAAGAUUUAUCUAGACUAGCAGAAUAUUACAAAGUUCCAUUACAACCUCCAAAGAAUGUUGCUGAAGUAAUGUUUGAAAAGGGUUCAUUAAAAGCUCAAAGAUUUAUAACUGCAGUAGAUAUGAUGAAUAUAGAUAAAACAGAAGAAAUAAGCCGACAGUUAUGGAUGAAGAUAUGGAGUAAAGAUGAAGACAUUACGUUACCAGAGAGCUUUGUUGAUGCCAGUAACGAAGCCGGAUUAGAAGAUGCAGAGAUUACCGAAGCCUUAUCAAUGAUGUCUACAUUACCAGUUAAAAAUAGGUUGCGAGCCUACACAGAUAGAGCCGUUAAACUGGAGGCUUUUGGAGCACCGUAUAUUGUGGCCCACGUUGAAGAUAAAGAAGAAGUUAUAUUUGGUGCUGAUAGAUUUCCAAUAUUAGCUGCUUUAAUAGAUGAACAUUGGAUGGGACCAGUUCCAGCCAAAUCCAAGCUGUAA